AUGGUUCAAGCCAUUGAGGCUUGGUUAACUAUGGUGUUGGGUCGAAGACAUUUUGUUCUGGUCGGACACAGUAUGGGCGGUUACCUCGUUUCGGCUUACGCCCUAGAGCAUCCCGAACGAGUUGCACACCUCAUACUCGCAGACCCUUGGGGGUUUCCUGCUGAAGACAACCUUCCACUCUGGAUGAGGCCAGUCAAAUUCAUCUCGGGGCUUUUUAACCCUAUGAUGGCUUCCCGAUUGCCUGGUCGUUUAGGGCGAUUUCUUUUGCGAAGAGUAUCUGGCUAUCUUGCCGAGAAGUUUAUCGGAGCAGUCGACGAUCCUUAUGAGAAUAUUACUCAGUAUCUUCGGUGUUGCAACUCUCAAAUUCCAACGGGAGAAACUUGCAUGACCCAAACAAUCAUGGCAAGGGGUGGUUAUCAGCGUGCGAGAAUCCCGAUGGUAAAUCCCCUCCAAGCACUAGAGCCAAACCCUCCCAUCACGUCCAUAUAUGGACCGAGGUCAUGGAUUGUGAGGGAGCCUGGAUGGAUUCUCAGGGAGAGUAUGAUCGGUGUCAACGUACAUGUAAUUGAUGGUGCCGGCCAUCACGUGUACGCCGACCAAAAAGACGAAUUCAAUGCACUUGUUUUGAGAAAAUGCGAGGAGACGGACCCUGCCGGAGUCGGGCAUCGCUAA